AGUUGCCCGGCACGGGAGCGCGAACUCUCGCGAGAAGACGCCAGCUCCGGGGGCAACUGCCGCGGGAGCCCUAACUCUCGCGCGAUAGCGACCAAGUCGUUAGAAGCGCGUUGCAGGCGCGCGGAACAUGGCGCGGCACGGCCCGCCGUUGAGCUGGCUGGACGCGCAGCAGGAGCGCGACGUGCGGGAGCUCGUCCGGGGUGUCGCCGGCCUCCAGGACGAGGCAGACCCCAACUUCCAGCUCGCCCUCAACUUCGCCUGGUCCAACUUCAGAUUUCAUCGUUUCUUGGAUGUGAACAGCCACAAAAUAGAAAAAACAAUCGAAGGAAUUUAUGAAAAAUUUCUCAUUCAUUCUGAUCUCAGCAAAGCUGCUAGCUGGAAGAGAUUAACUGAGGAAUUUCUAAACGCACCACUUCCCAGCAUAAAGGAAAUAAAGACAGAUGCACAUUAUUCCAUACUGUCACUUCUUCUGUGUCUGUCAGACUCUCCUUCAAACAGCAGUUAUGUGGAGACACCGAGAGAUAAAGAAGUGGAAAAGAAAGAUGAUUUUGACUGGGGAAAAUACUUGAUGGAAGGUGAAGAAAUGGACAUCGGUCCUUACGUGGACACACCAAAUUGGUCUGAAGAAAGUGAAGAGGAAAAUGAUCAACUGCCCUUAAGCAGAGAGGACUCUGGAAUUCAGGUAGACAGGACACCGUUAGAAGAACAAGAUCAAAACAGAAAACUGGAUCCUUGUAUCAGUUGGAAAGCAGAUGAGCCAGAUGACCGAAGCUGGCUGGAACAUCAUGUGGUCCAUCAGUACUGGACAGCCAGGCCCUCCCAGUUUCCUCAUAGUUUACAUUUGCACUCCAAUUUAGCUGCUGUCUGGGACCAGCACUUGUACAGCAGUGAUCCAUUGUAUGUUCCAGAUGACAGGGUUUUGGUUACUGAGACUCAGGUUAUUCGGGAAACCCUAUGGUUACUUUCAGGAGUGAAAAAGCUCUUUAUAUUUCAGUUGAUAGAUGGGAAGGUAACUGUGAGAAACAAUAUUAUAGUAACUCAUUUAACACAUAGCUGUUUACGAUCUGUGCUGGAACAAAUAGCAGCGUAUGGCCAGGUUGUGUUUCGACUCCAGGAGUUCAUUGAUGAAGUCAUGGGACACAGUUCCGAGAGCAUGCUGCCUGGAAGUGGGUCUGUUCCUAAGAAGUCAACUGAAGCUCCCUUUAGAACCUACCAGGCUUUCAUGUGGGCCCUGUACAAAUAUUUCAUUAGUUUCAAAGAGGAACUUGCCGAAAUUGAGAAGUGCAUCAUCAAUAAUGAUGCUACAAUAACUCUUGCAAUAGUGGUGGACAAGUUGGCACCUCGGUUGGCUCAGCUCAAGGUUCUGCACAAAGUGUUUAGUACUGGAGUAGCAGAAGUUCCACCUGAUACUCGAAAUGUUGUCCGGGCCUCUCACCUGCUCAACACCCUGUACAAGGCCAUUCUUGAAUAUGACAAUGUUGGAGAAGCCUCUGAGCAAACCGUCUCCCUGCUGUUCUCUCUCUGGGUGGAAACGGUACGGCCUUACCUGCAGACGGUGGACGAGUGGAUCGUGCAUGGGCACCUGUGGGAUGGCGCCAGGGAGUUCAUCAUCCAGAGAAACAAAAAUGUUCCAGUUAAUCACAGAGACUUCUGGUAUGCAACUUACACGCUAUAUAGUGUAUCAGAAAAGACAGAAAAUGAAGAAAAAAUGAGUGAUAAUGCUAGUGCGAGUUCCGGCAGUGACCAGGGGCCCUCCAGCAGGCAGCACACCAUGGUGUCCUUCCUCAAACCUGUUCUGAAGCAGAUCAUAAUGGCUGGCAAGUCGAUGCAGCUGCUGAAGAACCUGCAGUGUGCGGAGAGCACCACCUGCCAGGCAGGAGCCAGAGAUGCAGAAAGAAAAAGUUUAUACACGCUCUUUCUGGAAUCUGUACAGUCCCGUCUUCGACAUGGAGAAGAUUCCACUCCACAGGUUCUUACUGAGCAACAGGCAACCAAGGAGAAUCUAAUGAAGAUGCAGUCCAUUGCUGAAAGGCAUCUUGAACUGGAUGAUGUUCAUGAUCCACUGCUUGCCAUUAACUUUGCAAGGAUGUAUUUGGAGCAGAGUGACUUUCACGAGAAGUUUGCUGGUGGUGAUGUAUGUGUGGAUAGAUCGUCGGAAUCUGUGACAUGCCAGACUUUUGAGUUAACGCUGAGAUCCUGCCUUUAUCCUCAUAUUGACAAGCAGUAUCUAGAUUGCUGUGGAAAUCUCAUGCAAACUCUAAAAAAAGAUUACAGGUUGGUAGAAUACUUGCAAGCCAUGAGAAAUUUUUUCUUAAUGGAAGGAGGAGAUACCAUGUAUGACUUCUACACAUCCAUUUUUGAUAAAAUAAGAGAAAAGGAAACGUGGCAGAACGUGUCUUUUCUUAAUGUCCAACUCCAAGAAGCAGUAGGACAGCGUUACCCUGAAGAUAGUUCACGUCUGUCUAUAUCUUUUGAAAAUGUUGACACAGCUAAGAAGAAACUGCCUGUUCAUAUCUUAGACGGUCUGACCCUCAGCUACAAGGUCCCAUGGCCCGUGGACAUUGUUAUAAGUUUGGAAUGUCAAAAAAUUUAUAAUCAAGUGUUUCUUCUCUUACUGCAAAUAAAGUGGGCAAAAUAUAGUCUGGAUGUUUUACUUUUUGGUGAACUGGUUAGUACUGCGGAAAAACCACGUCUUCAAGAAGGCCUUGUACAUGAACAAGACACAGUUGCUCAGUUCGGACCACAAAAAGAACCAGUAAGACAGCAGAUUCAUCGCAUGUUCCUCUUAAGAGUGAAGCUCAUGCAUUUCGUGAACAGCUUGCACAACUACAUCAUGACCAGGAUUCUCCACAGUACAGGGCUGGAGUUUCAACAUCAAGUCGAGGAAGCCAAGGAUUUAGAUCAGUUGAUUAAAAUUCACUAUAGGUAUCUGUCAACCAUCCAUGACCGGUGUCUGCUGAGAGAAAAGGUCAGCUUUGUGAAAGAAGCUAUCAUGAAGGUGUUGAACUUGGCCCUCAUGUUUGCAGACGGUUGGCAGGCAGGCCUGGGCGCUUGGCGGUUUUGUGAAUGUUUAUCGUGGACACCUUCAAACAGAAGUGGCAAGGACAGUUGUGAACGCCGUGCUGGCACCUGCUUCGGCUGUGCCAUGAGGACAGCUCUGUCAUGUCUGCGCCCACCUCCCCCGUCACACUUGCUGAAUUAUUUUAAACCGAAUUCUGGACAUCAUGCUAGACUGUUCUCCAAAGUUGUCUAGCUCUGAAAGAUACUGUAUUUUGAGUGUUCGUUAUUCACACACAUCACAUAGGCAAGUGCACUGAAUCAAGGGACAGUGGACGCAGGAGCAGUUCCCUCCAGCACUGCCAUCCUCUACUGUGAACCCCAGUGUACAGCUCAGUAUUUUGUUACCUGUCCUGUUUGUGAAGUCAGUGCCACAGUAGUUCUGCUAUUACUACCAUGAAAGAAAAGCACAUGUUUGGUUGACUGGGUUGUUAAAAUAAUAGCCUGUACUUACUCCAUGUCAGUAAGGAGGUAAGAGUUCAUUUGAGUGCUAAUAUAAUUGAAAAUCUCCUCUUGGCUGUACUCUGAAUCUAGAAACUAAGAUAGUAGAUGAAGCCAUCCUUGCAGGGAUGGAAAUAGAAGUCUUACUUGCUUUAUAUUGCUGACUCAAAUGGUGUUGUGGCUGUGUUUUGAAAGGAAUCUUUAUCUUUAAAGUGUACAUUUAUACUUAUGAAAUACUCAUGACUGCAGUUCUCUGAUGUCUCCAGUUUAUUUCCGAAUACUGUGGUGGAGCUGUGGCGGUGUAAGCUUGGCACCUGGGUGGCACCUGCCAUGGCUGGGCAGUGGGCCAUGGAAGCCCCUUACGAAGUUCUCUCUUACAUGUGUUCGAUAUUUCUCUUAAAAAAAAAAGGCUGGGCGCAGUGGUGGCUCAUGCCUGUAAUCCCAGCACUGUGGGAGGCCAAGAUAGGCAGAUCU